AUUUUUUUGCAUCAAAAACUAGUUUCCUCCGUAACAUAAUCAAAUACUUGACACUGGCAGAAUGUUGCACAACAGACAGUUGAUAAAUUAAAGACGAAGAAGAAGAAGAUUUAUUUUUCUACAGUUGCUUAAAAGUAUUUUUUGCUGCUUUUCAAAAAUAACAGUGUGCGCCAAAAAAAUGGAGCCGGAUGUUAGCCCUAAGAGAAACUACGACCAAGCCGGUGCGGUUGCUCCGGAAGAAAAAAAAUUAACGUCAACCUCAGAGUUAGAAGACGGCACUAAUUAUUCAGUUGCCCCUGAUUUACGUACUCGUACCGCAAAACAAAUAGAACGCUGUUCAAAAGUUUUUCUGGCCAAAGACUUCAUAAUUAGUGUUGUCUCCAUAGCACUUGUUAUAAUCGGAAUUAUAUUUUUAACUCGGCCACGUGUGUCUAUCAGCUCAAGAGAGAAAAUAGUAGAUUAUACAGAUUGCACCAUAUUAAGUUUUGAUCUUAAAGAAACUAAAACAUGCAAAGAAUCCCAGUUUGAUUAUAAUGCGCCUUGUAUAUGUCUCUCUUUUUUUAAUGUUACUGAAGAGCUGGAGGGAAACCUUGAAAUUUAUUACGAACUGGAGACGUUUGAUCAGUCAAGAAAUGAUUAUGUAAAGUCGAGAGAUGAUAAUCAGUUGAAGGGAGAAUUGGCCAUUAUCCCGUCUGAAAACUGUGAACCAUAUAGAUAUGAUACUGUUUUAAGGGAACAAAAACCCAUAUAUCCUUGUGGCGCUAUUGCUGACUCAAUGUUUAAUGACACAUUCGAAUUGAUAAAUAUUUCAAAAGAUGAAGAUGUGCCUUUCAUUGCUCACGGAUUACUAACGGAGGCUGAUAAACUCAGAUACCGCAACCCAAAAAGAACUAUAGACUUCCAGAAUUUCACAAAGCCAAAAAGCUGGAGUAAAUCAAUUUGGGAGUUAGAUACAACGAAUCCAGAAAAUAAUGGAGUGCAGGUUAUUAUUUUUCUUUUCUAUGACUACAAAUGGAUAUACAGUGUAAAAUCUAUACAAAUGAGAAAUUGUAAUCGUCCUAUGUGUACAAAAGAUAAAUUUAGAAAAACAGGAUUAUGUCGAUUUUUUAGAGGAGACUCAGAUUUUUUUUUUAUUAAAAUAAGUCUCUUUGUUAAUAUUAACGAAAGGUUUAUUGGUUGGAUGAAAACCGAAUUGAAACGCAAACCAUACGCCCGAGUGGACCAAAAUCAGACGGUCUUCGCAAAAGGUCUAUUAGUGGGAGAAUAUCGGUUGAGAAUUGGUUACAACUACCCUCCGGCUCUGUACAGAGGUCGACGGACGUUUAUCAUAUCCGCUUCAGUACUCACUUCGACUAUAACUUUCUCUGUGGUUGGAAUAGCAUUGCUACUCUUUGGUUUAAUCUUGCUUGCUAAAACUGUAGCCAUUUUUAUGAUCAAUAAUUACGUGAAGAAUAAAGAAAACGAGAGGCCAGCCAGUGGUGAAAACUUAACGAACAAUCGAUAAUUUAAAAUGUCAAAAGAAGCUUGUAACAACUUCAAUAAUGAGUGAUAUUUUAUCAGAAGCGUUAUUAUCGUUACUAAAGGAAAGUUGUACUUUAUUAGUAUUAGUAUCAGUAUAUUCAAAAAUUAUAACACUGAUACUCUUAUCUCUAUACUAGUUAUUUAUAAACUUCUCCAAUUCUAGCAAGACACACAGUUGGGUUGUGCUUCAAAUAGAAUACCUAGGAUUGUUGUUAUAAAUAUCUGUGACGUCAUAACGCGAUACGGCUAUCCUUGCUUAAAAUAAUUCAAGAGCAAUGACGUCAUGUAAUUCGAAUUUCCGCUAUAGAGAAGACAAGCGUUAUAUAACUUUGCAAAUAAUAAAUGUUAGACGAGGGAUGGAGGCAUGGUCGUCAGCUUUUGAAUGAAUCUCGGCAUAAAGCUUAAUAUUUCUUGGAUCUCGAUCUCGAAACCAUCACCAUUUUAUCACAAGAUAUUAAGACUUCCGUGCGAUUUAAAAUCAUCAACAGGAAGACGAUACGGGAUGUUAAAACGUAGUGUGGUAUACAUAUUUAUAAGUUUUGUAAGAAUUUUUACUCUGACAUUAGUUUUUUAUUUUUUAUUUUAAAAUAUUAAUAGUGCUUUAAGCUCUUUACGAUCUGAUUUGUCAAAGUUCAUAAAUAUUCUUUGUAUGUAAUAAUGAAUGUAAUGAAUACGUAUUUUUUAUUUUAUUUUUUUAUUAUUUUUGUAUACAAGUAACUUUUACUGCAUUUAACAUAGUUAUACAUUUUUAAUAAAUAUUUAAUAAAUCACGAUUCAUGAUUCAGCCUGUAAUAUCCCACUGCUGGGCAUAGGCCUCCAUGUAGAAGGAGGAUUUUUAUGAAUAACAAAUAUAAACUAUAAAAUAUUUCAAAGAAUAUUCCUUUUCUGGUGAUAGUUUACGGCUCAAAGCCACAAGCCAAAGAUAAACCAUACCAAAUGUAUCAAUUAUACUGAUCGAGAGUAAAUAGUGAAAAGUAUUUUAGAAAAUAAUAAAUAUUAAUAAAGAAAUUUA